UUGUAGGAAAAAACGGCUUUACUAAUUCUAAAUUAUUUUACUUACUCCAGUAUCUGAUAUCACAUCCUAUUCUUUUUCUCUUCUAGGACUACUUUGAAAGUUACUUUUCCAUUGCCAGUUCUGUACCGUCAGUGCCAUGUCUUAUGCUGAAUUUCUUCCUGGUGAACAGGCUUUCUUCUCAGGUGCGAAUAUUGUCAUCACUACUUGUCAUGUUACUUGUUUUUAUCCUGGUCACAGUGCUGGUGAAAGUAGACACCUCCACCUGGACUAUGGAAUUCUUCGCUCUUUCAUUGGUGUGCGUAGCUAUUCUUAGUGGAGCAUCAAACGUCCUUACAGCUAGUGUUUUCGGUGUCACUGGACGCUUUCCAUUGCAACACUCCCAGUCCUUAAUAUCAGGCCAAGCCAUGGGUGGUACAGUUAGUGCACUGGCAGCCAUUUUGGACCUUACCAUAGCUUCCAAUGUAACAGAUAGUGCUCUUGCAUAUUUCCUCACUGCAGACGUAUUUAUCCUUCUCUGCAUUGCUGCCUACUUGCUCCUUCCGAAGAUCACGUAUUCUAGAUUUUUUGGGUUAUUUAGCUAUUACAUGAAUUUACCUGAUGAGCCUACAGACAGUUCCUCAUCUGAAGAUCCUGUAGAGACGGUUGACGUAUCUUCAUCAAAGACAAACUCUCCACCUAUAAUCCCCAUCUUGAAGAAAGUCAAAGUGCUGGCUGCUUGCCUGUUUUACACCUUCUUUAUCAGCAUCAUCAUCUUCCCCACCAUCUCUGCUGGUAUUGAGUCUGUUGAGAAAUACACUGGUAGCAUUUGGACCAACAAAUAUUUCACACCUUUGACUUGUUUCCUGGUUUAUAACUUUGCUGACUGGAGUGGACGUCAGAUCACAACAUGGAUCCAGGUCCCUGGACCCAACAGUAAGAUGCUGCCAGUGCUGGUUUUCCUCCGAACGUUUUUCAUCCCCUUGUUUAUGUUUUGUAAUUACCAACCUCGGAAACACAUGUAUGAAGUUUUUUUCAAGAGUGACAUCUAUCCGAUUAUCUUCAUCACAUUACUGGGAAUGAGUAAUGGUUAUUUAGGGACGCUUUCCAUGGUGUAUGGCCCUAAGGUUGUCCCCAAGGAGCUCUCAGAGGGCACUGCAAUAGUGAUGUCUUUUUUCCUUGGGUUAGGGUUAGCUAUUGGAUCUGCUUUCUCUUCUGUUGUUCAUUUAAUAUAG